AUGUCUCAGUCUCAGUACGUAACCGAUGCUGAAACUACUACCGAGUCUUGCAAAGUCGCUAUAGACACACAUGGUAAUGUGUUCAAAGUGCCGGAUUAUACCAUCAAGGACAUUUUAAGUGCCAUUCCUCCAGAAUGCUAUAAUAGAAAGUUAGCUGUCUCGUUAUACUAUGUGUUCCGUGAUAUCGCUAUCAUGGCCGGUAUCGGUUACUUUGCCAAUGUCUUUGCUUAUCCAUACGUCAAAGAUCUACACGUUGCUGCAAGGUUUGUGUAUUGGGCAUUUUAUGGCUACGUUCAAGGUCUUUUCGGUACUGGUCUAUGGGUGUUAGCACACGAAUGUGGUCAUCAAGCCUUUUCUGAUUAUGGUGCUGUCAACGAUUUUGUGGGUUGGGUUUUGCACUCUUACUUGUUAGUGCCAUACUUUUCAUGGAAAUAUACCCACUCUAAGCAUCAUAAGGCUACCGGCCAUAUUACUAGAGAUAUGGUUUUCGUACCAAAGACAAAAGAAGAUUUCGUCAAGUCUCGUGGUAUUCUUGCUGACAUCGAUGAAUUCUCUGAAGACUCUCCAAUUAGAACUUUGAUAGAAUUACUUACUCAACAAUUGGGUGGUUGGAUCUACUAUUUGCUAACCAAUGUCACUGGUCAGCCUUAUCCAGACGUACCAAAAUGGAAAUGGAACCAUUUCUGGCCAAGUUCUCCUGUGUUCGACGAUAAAGACUACAUUUACAUUCUGCUAUCAGAUUUGGGUAUUCUGACACAAUCGUUGGUGUUGAAGAUAUGGUAUGAUAAAUUUGGCGGCUGGUCUGUUUUCAUUAACUGGUUUGUUCCAUACAUUUGGGUUAACCAUUGGUUAGUGUUCAUCACGUACUUGCAACACACAGAUGCCUCUAUGCCACAUUACGAGGCUGACCAAUGGUCCUUCGCUAAAGGUGCAGCUGCCACUAUUGAUAGACAAUUCGGAUUCAUUGGCCCUCAUAUCUUCCACGACAUUAUCGAAACACAUGUUCUGCACCACUACUGUUCCAGAAUUCCAUUCUACAACGCUAGACCUGCUUCAGAAGCUAUCAAGAAGGUUAUGGGUGAACAUUACCGUUUUAACGAUGAGAAUAUGUGGGUAUCACUAUGGAAGAGUGCAAGAACUUGCCAAUACGUUGACGAUGCUGACUCCAAGGGUGUUUACAUGUUCAGAAACGUGAACAACGUUGGUGUCGGAACUGGUAAGAAGAAGAACUGA